CUGAUAGCCGCAGUGCUUCUGGAGCUGGUCCUCUCGUUUCCUGGUAAACUCGCCGUCCAUCGCUGCUUCAGUUCAUCUCAUUUCAGUGAGAUAGUUUUAAUUGUUCAUUUGUGGAUUUUCGUUGGGUUGAAUGUUGCGCUAAGAUCUGGUAUGGUUUUGCUGUUGCAGAGGAGUUGAAGGAUGUCUCACCGUAAGUUUGAGCACCCCCGACAUGGUUCUUUGGGAUUUCUACCCAGGAAGAGGGCUGCCCGCCACAGGGGAAGAGUGAAGGCUUUCCCCAAGGACGACCCAUCAAAAGAACCCAGACUGACUGCUUUCUUGGGUUACAAGGCUGGAAUGACCCAUAUUGUUAGAGAGGUCGAGAAGCCUGGGUCGAAGCUUCACAAGAAGGAAACCUGUGAGGCUGUCACGAUUAUUGAGACCCCUCCUUUGGUUGUUGUUGGAGUUGUUGGCUACAUCAAGACGCCCAGUGGCCUCCGGUCUCUGAACACCGUCUGGGCCCAGCAUUUGAGUGAGGAUGUCAAGAGAAGGUUCUACAAGAACUGGGCCAAGUCAAAGAAGAAGGCUUUCACCAAGUACUCCAAGAAGUUCGAGUCUGAUGAAGGCAAGAAGGAUGUUACUUCCCAGCUGGAGAAGAUGAAGAAGUAUGCCACUAUCAUCCGUGUUCUGGCUCACACUCAGAUUAGGAAGAUGAAGGGGCUGAAGCAGAAGAAGGCUCAUUUGAUGGAGAUCCAGGUCAAUGGUGGAGACAUUGCUAAGAAGGUUGACUUUGCCUACAGCUUCUUUGAGAAGCAGAUUCCAAUUGAUUCAGUCUUCCAGAAGGAUGAGAUGAUUGACAUCAUUGGUGUGACCAAGGGUAAGGGUUAUGAAGGUGUGGUCACUCGUUGGGGUGUCACCCGUCUUCCUCGAAAGACCCAUCGUGGUCUUCGCAAGGUUGCUUGUAUUGGAGCAUGGCAUCCUGCUAGGGUCUCGUACACUGUGGCUAGGGCUGGACAGAAUGGUUACCAUCACCGUACUGAGAUGAACAAGAAGAUCUACAAGCUUGGAAAGUCUGGCCAGGAUUCUCACUCUGCCAUGACUGAUUAUGACAGGACUGAGAAGGACAUCACACCUAUCGGAGGGUUCCCUCACUAUGGUAUUGUGAAGGAGGACUACAUUAUGAUCAAGGGUUGCUGUGUUGGUCCCAAGAAGCGUGUGGUGACAUUGAGGCAGUCUCUGUUGAAGCAGACCUCCAGAACUGCUACGGAGCAGGUGAAUCUCAAGUUCAUUGACACUUCAUCCAAGUUUGGACAUGGACGAUUCCAGACUACACAGGAAAAGCUCAAGCACUAUGGUCGCCUCAAGGCUUAGUUUGUUUCAAGGAGAGAGUCCUGUUUGCUCAUGGCCUACUAUUUUGCUAGUUGGAACAUUUUCUUGUUUUGCUACUAUUUUGCUGCUCUGUUUUCGAAUGUUUGAGAUAUUUUGGAGAUGGUACUUCUGCCUUUGAAUGUUGUUUCUUUGUUUGCACUCUUUUUUCGAUCUUUGUUAAGCUUCUUAAGUUUUUACCCUUUAUUAGUUUCUUUAAGCUGUCUGAAUUAGCACCUACAACCUCAUACUGGGCACCUUCUACCUUGUUGUCCUUGUGGCUUGUGUUGUUUGCAUAAUGCAAACCUCCUAGGAGGGUUGCUAGGACAAAUUGGGAAUGACAAAUUAUAUAUUCUUUUACAA